AUGAAUUGGCUUCAGUACGCUCUGAUCUUGACUGUACUACUAUAUCCCGCAACGUCAAAGAAAUAUGGAGCGCCAUUGAAAAGGACGCACAAGCUGGCGAGAAAUCUCGACGGUAAAAAAAUGUAGCUUACUGCUUUAUCCUUACUUUAGAGAUUGCACUUCAAAUGAAGACCCUUCGGAGCGACCUGGAAUACUUCGCAGACAUAAACGGCAACAAUCCGCACACGCAGCCCUUCUAUGCCGUCGGCCGAAACAGCUACAUCUGUAAGCAGUGAUAGCGUGUAUACUCAGCCAAAAUUGUAGCUAACGUCAGCGUCGGCACACCACCCCAAGAAUUCCGAGUCAUGCUGGACACGGGCUCGGCCGACUUUUGGAUCCCCACCAGAGAUUGCCAAGUGGGACAGAGUGGCCAAGCUUGCAAUAAAACUUUGUUCAACUCGGACAACUCCAGCACUUUUCAAAAUCUGAGCACAACGUUUCAGAUAAGGUAUGGGACGGGUUUUGUCGAAGGAACAACCGCAAAUGAGACGGUCGGCCUUGGAAGCCCCAACGACGACAAAUUGGUCGUUCCAAAGCAGACCAUUGGACUGGCGCAUAAAAUCGACAAACUACUGAAUCGUUUCGGCUUCGACGGAAUUGUGGGCCUCGCGUUUCGAGCGCUCUCAAAAGUGGAGGCCCAGCCUGUUUUUCUGAAUGCGUUAGAUCAAGGGCUAGUGGACGAGCCGGUUUUCACAAUCUGGUUGACCAGAGAUAAGACCGAAAAAAAUGUGAGUGAUACUUACAUGGGGAUCCUAAGUCGUGAAUCUAUAUAUGCUAUUGUCUUUAAAAUCUAUGCUCCUGCAGUGAGGAACCUGACUCAGUGGCAAAAAAUGUACCAUUUUGCAUCCGAGAAGCAUCAAAAAUGUGGCAAAAUGCUUCCCUCUUCAAGUGAAAAAACAUCACUUGGAGAGCGGGCUCGCUUUUAAAAUCGGAGAGGACAAAACUUGGGCUUACUUUGCAAGGCACAUACCCAAACUACGACAGUUUAAUCAGAUUUAGUGCGUGGCGGAGACUGAAGAAGAUGCCAAGUUUCCCAUAUAGCCUCAGGCCAACGAUUUUUUCAAAUUUUGGCACAAAACUGGGGUCUUAGAAAUGAGAUUGUUUUUGUGUUGUGCAAAUAAGUCUAAAUACAGUGGGGUACCUGAUCCAGUGGCAAAAAAUAUACCAUUGUGCCUCCGGGAAGUAUCAAAAAUGUGGCGAAAUGCUUCCCUCUUCAAGUGAAAAAACUCCGAUUUCAAAAGCGCGCCCGCUCUUUUUGCGAGGGGAAGGGCACGCCCCACGUCAAACUGAGACAAGCUAAAACAGUCCGGUGAUGGAUUAGCAAUUUGCCAAAAAAAGACGCGAAAAAAUGUUUUGUCGGGGGAGAAAUGGGGAAUUUUUGGGGCGAGAGAGUACGUUUUUGCGUGUCUUUUUUCUCUCUUUCUCUGCGAAAUAGACGAAGUGUAAAAAACCGAUAGCGAAGAGUCUAUUCGGGUCACCGGACUCCUCAGUUUGACGUGCGCCCUUCAAAAUAAAGUUUUUUUUCACUUGGAGAGGGAGGUAUUAUUUUGCCACAUUUUUUGAUGCUUCCUGGACGCAAAAGGGUACGUUUUUUCCCACUGUAUCAGGUCCCCCAUUGUUGCCUCAGGCCAACGAUUUUUUCAAAUUUCGGCACAAAAAUUGGAUCUGAAGAAAUUGUUGUUCUGUCGUGCAAAUAAGUCUAAAUACAUCUUACAUUUAGAACACCCAGGACGGGCUCAUAACCUACGGAGGCCACGACGACGAACACUGCGAUAGUGAUAUCCAUUGGAUCCCAUUAGCAGCCAAGUCUUGGUGGAUCUUCGAAGGACAAGGCUUUUCGAUCAACGGUCAAAAAACUGACAAGACGUUUAAGGCGAUCACGGACAGUGGGACCUCGUUCAUUGUUGGUCACCCGACGAUUAUUCAGCCAAUCCUUGACGCUGUCAAUGCGCAGUACUAUCCUCCAGCGCACAUCUAUCUAGUUCCAUGCAGUUCCAACAUUACCGUUGGAUUCACCAUAAAUGGGAAGGACUACAAUGUUGAGGCGAAAAAUCUUUUGUUGCCUAUCAAGGGAGACACUUGCGUCCUGGCUGUGAACAUCUUUGAGAAUGAUAAUGUGCAACUGAUCCUUGGAGAUCCAUUCAUCCGCGAAUAUUGCCAGGUCCACGACGUGAAGGAGGGCAGAGUUGGGUUCGCCUUGGCUAAGGAGUAG